AUAUUCACAGAGAGGGCAGUGUGUUCACAGCAGCAGUGGAGACUCCAAGGUGCCAAACACACCACACACGCACACGCACACACACGCACGCACGCACGCACACGCACACACACUCCGUCGCUCAGUCUGGAGGAGGAACUGAGCGAGAAGGAGCCGAAAAACUGCCGGAAAUUUUGUAAAUAUCGAAACAGGGAAGUUGGACUGGUGAGAGAAGAGUGAUUCCGCAGCAUGUUCAGCUGGGUGAAGCAGGAACAAGGUGGACGCAACAAGGAGGGAGAGAUGUACCAGACAGUGACCGAGGGUCUUCAGAGCCUCUACCUGAAGAAGCUGCUUCCUCUGGAGGAGACUUACCUCUUCCAUGACUUCCACUCCCCGGCUCUGGAGGCCGCCGACUUCCAGAGCAAGCCCAUGGUGCUGCUGGUGGGCCAGUACUCCACCGGGAAAACCACCUUCAUCAGGUAUCUGUUGGAGCAGGAUUUUCCCGGCAUGCGGAUCGGACCGGAGCCGACCACCGACGGCUUCAUCGCUGUGAUGUACGGAGAGAACGAGGGCAUCGUCCCCGGCAACGCUCUGGUGGUCGACCCUAAGAAACCCUUCAGGAAGCUCAACGCGUUCGGAAACUCCUUCCUCAACAGGUUUAUCUGCUCUCAGAUGCCCAAUCAGGUCCUCCAGAGCAUCAGCAUCAUCGACACUCCUGGCAUCCUGUCUGGAGAGAAACAGCGUAUCAGCAGAGGUUAUGAUUUUGCGGAGGUGCUGCGGUGGUUCGGGGAGCGCGUGGAUCGGAUCAUCCUGCUGUUCGACGCUCACAAACUGGACAUCUCCGACGAGUUCUCCGAAGCCAUCCGAGCCUUCAAGGGACAAGACGACAAGAUCCGAGUCGUCCUCAACAAGGCAGACCAGGUGGACACGCAGCAGCUGAUGAGGGUGUACGGCGCCCUCAUGUGGUCCCUGGGAAAAGUGAUCAACACUCCGGAGGUGGUGAGGGUUUAUCUGGGAUCCUUCUGGGCCAAACCUCUGCAGAACUCAGAGAACAGGCGUCUGUUCGAGGCGGAGUCUCAGGACCUGUUUAAAGACAUCCAGAGCCUCCCGAGGAACGCGGCGCUGCGUAAACUGAACGACCUCAUCAAGAGAGCGCGGCUGGCCAAGGUGCACGCCUACAUUAUCAGCUACCUGAAGAAGGAGAUGCCGUCUCUGUUUGGGAAGGAGAAGAAGAAGGAGGAGCUGAUCAUGAGGCUGCCGGAGAUCUACACCCACCUGCAGAGGGAGCACCACAUCAGCCCCGGAGACUUCCCCAACGUCGCCAAGAUGCAGGACAUGCUGCAGCACUACGACUUCAGUAAGUUCCCUUCCCUGAAGAUAAAGCUGAUCGAGUCGGUGGAUAAGAUGUUGGCCACGAAAAUCGCCGGGCUGAUGACGAUGAUCCGGGACGAAGAGUCCAAGGCGCCGCCGGUCCUGGUGUCGGGCGGCGCCUUCGAGGGCUCCCAGGACGGGCCCUUCGGUCAGGGCUACGGCGAGGGCAUCAGCGCCGGGGCGGACGCCGAGGACUGGAUUGUGAGCCGCGAGAAGCACCGCUACGACGAGAUCUUCUACAUGCUGAUGCCCGUCAACGGCAAGAUCACCGGCGUCAACGCCAAGAAGGAGAUGAUGAACUCGCGGCUGCCCAACACCGUGCUGGGGAAGAUCUGGAAGCUGGCCGACUGCGACAAGGACGGAAUGCUGGACGACGAGGAGUUCGCGCUCGCACAGCACCUCAUCAAGGUCAAACUGGAGGGCUACGAGCUGCCCAACGAGCUGCCCGAACACCUGGUGCCGCCGUCACACCGCAAAAAUCCCACAGCUGACGCCCUGUACAACCACAGCGAGGACUAGAGCGUUGAGAGGUAAAACACAGAAGACUGACUGAGCUGAGAGGAAGUCCACAUGUACAAAAUCACCAGCUGAUAUUCAGACUGACAAGAGACACUAUCAGCAGACUGACAGGAGGUCAACGUUUAGGAUUUACUCACCGAGGAAAUCGCCACCAAGCAAAUCACCUGCUAAUCAAACAGCUAAAUGUAUAAACCUGUCAGAACACAAACCAAUUAAUGCCGUUAGGAAGUAAAAACUAUAUAUAAUGCUUUUAUUUUGGUAAGAUGUGUCUAUAUAUUGUACAAUUCAGCUGAUCUCAACUCACCAAAGAAGAAAAAAGAUAAUGAAGCCGUUAUAUUUUACUAACCCUGAGUCUUUAUUGUGAUACUUACCGUCCUGCCUUAAUUUUCCAUAAUUUCUGCCCCUUAAAGACCGACUGAGCUGAGAGGAAGUCCACAUGUACAAAAUCACAGGAGACACUAUCAGCAAACUGACAGGUUUAGGAUCUACUCGCCUGCUAAUCACACCUUUAAUUAAACAAGACAAAAUAAAUAAAUAAUAGAUGCUUUUAUUUUGCUAAAUGUAAAAAGAAAGUCUUUUACUAACCCUGCUUUAAUUUGGACUCUUAUUUUGAAAGGACACAAUAUUUUCAAAGAAAUAUUGUGAUAUUUAACUUCCUGUAUUAACUUUUUUCAACCAUAUUCCGCAUUUAAAUGACACAAUGACCCAAUGGUUAACAGAAACACAAAGAUAUUUUAUAUUUUUAGGAAUAUCUUUAAUAUUUUACAUCUUCUUGGUGGUUUUAUUCCAAUUUCAAAACGGCAAAGAAAAGAAAACAUCAAUAAAUAUUGUUGUCAGUUGUAAACUGGAAAUGUUAAAUGGUGUUAACAUUAUAAACAAGUCAAAAAGUUAUACAAAACUGUCGUUAUGAUUUCUUGAAGGCAGAGUUACUGUUUUAAUUUGUCUUAGGUUGAAAUCCUUCAAAAUAAAAGCUCCGAAAUAACACUUGAAGUGCUCAUAUCCCAAAACUCAGAAAAACAAGAUCCUGAGUCGUCUCUGCGUAGAUGUUUCAGAGCAGGAAGCGUUUACUGUUUGGCUCCUAGUGGGUGCAGAGCCAGGACGGUGGGGUUCAGGGGACCGUCAGAGGUCAGAGGCCAGAGUCUGUCCUGUUUGAACAGAUCUCAUUCCGGAGGAAGUGACACUCGCUCGGCCGCCGUUACCUCGUCCUGAGGGACAGUUUAACGACGUCCUGAAACGUUCCAGUCGUCAGCGUGUGUUUCCUCACAUUGUAAACCUGGUGAAGACUUUGUUAAAAAACAACUGAAUAACAUUCAGUGAGGAUCCUCCUCUCCAGCAGGACUGUCCAAGAAAUACAAAACCAAAGCAGGAAAAUGAGAAUGAAGUUUUGUGGAGUUACAGAGAUACUCUUGUCCAAAUAAUCACAAUGAAGCUAUCUACAGCUAGUUAGCCGCACAUGCUAGCAUUAGCAGAUCACGCUAAAGCAGAUAGACAACCUGUUGAAUCCAUUCCUUCAAUGUUGUUUUUCAGUUCAAGUUUAAACAACAACAAAAAAAACUGCAAACUAGCAUUUUUUUUGAGCAUGUGAAGAAACUCAAACAAUUGCACAUGUAGUUGCAGCUGCUAAGCUAAUGUUGGAUCAGAGAAACCCCACCUUUUUAUCUCGUUGCUUUCCAAAAAUGAUGAAAUGGGACUAUGAAUGCGACAAAAGCAGCCAUUAAUCUUCUGUAAGUUAAAUCCGCACUACGGUGAAGCACAGAUCCAGAUUUUAGCAGCAGGAAGACUACGUGUUGUUCUUUCAAUGUGUAUUAAGACCCAGCAAGCUACAUUUGCCCUAACUGAGUCAUUUUCCUCCAGUUUUUCACCAUCUUUUAAUAUUUCCGUACCACAAAUUGAAGUCAUUGAAACACUUUUUGAAUUGUUCAGACAUCUGUGCUUCAACUUGAGCCAGCAGGGCCAAAUGUUCUUUCUUAAACACUGUUAUAGUCAAGUGCGUAUGUUAACUCUUACAGUGCCUUUUAAUUUCCAUACGUGAUGCCCUCUGUUCUUAUGACAGGACGAUAGAAGUCUUUGAGGAUUAAGCAGUGGGGCGGCUUCUGUUUAGUGCCUUUAACAUGCUAACUAAGUCUAAGUCAAGCUUAACAAAUAACCUCCUUGUGCUUCUAUUCCCUCCGUAAGGGAACGUCUGUUGAGUCCUCUCUGUCUCUGAGUAAAUGUCCGUAAAAUACUGGAUUUUAUUGUAUAAACGUGUAAAAUCAGCUGUCUGGUGGUUUAGGGAGCCUCGGCAGAGCGGGAACAUUAACUUUCCUGUGUGUAAAGAAGCUUUUCUCUCAGUCUGACUUUAAUCACAAAUCUUCUUUUACCUGAAAAGUUUUUAUUUUUGUGAUUUUGAUGUAUUUUGUAUUCCUGUUGUUUUGCUGUCAGAAGUCUGUUACUCUGUUCUGAUGACCGCAGACUAAUAAAGUUUAUUCUACACAUUUA